UCGGUGUCGGCAGGGGGAAACAACUACUAAGGGCUUAGUUCCCGCAGAGCUAUUUUAUACUGUGACGCCAAGUACCUCUGGGCUUUCUUGCUGCACUACACCACGGCUCUUGGAGUGUCUUGGUGGUACAUUUUAGAUUCUUGGAGUAGGACCCACCAAUCUCGGUCUUGAAGGUGCCAAGACACCAAGGAGAGCAGGAGGCAUGGAUAUCGACACAAACCCACCACCAGGUCUUCCCUCGACCUGCCUUGGUUCUUGGCUGGUUUGGAUUCAAAACUGGCGUCCUCCACUCGCUUAGGGACAUUCCUUUUUAUCCUCCCUCUCCUUGUUUCCUCCAUCCCACUGGUCGCUUUUUGUUCUCGAUCGUUUCUUCAACUUUUAACCUCCCCAAAAUCACGUCGACUCACUCGUUCUGUCGACCUUUUUUUUUGAAACCCAUCUUUUUUUUUUUGUCUAGUUACUCUCUUUGUAAUUCUUCCCGUCGGGGCUUUUCUUGACUCUCUCUCAUAUUGCUUGAGCCUACAACCUUUUAUAUCCAACACUAAACCCGCCGAAUUCGAGGGCCCGUGCCAACUUUCACCCCGCGAUAGCAAAUAGCUUUUACCCGACGCUUUUAAUCUCAGCUUCGCGAUCAUGAAGUCUGCUAUCUUCGCCUCAGUCCUGGGGGCUGCUGCCAUUGUCCAGGCCUCCCCUCAGCCUCUCCAGAAGCGUGCUCUUACCCCCAUCACUGUUAAGGGCAAUGCCUUCAUGCAAGGUGACAAGAGGUUCUUCGUCCGCGGUAUUGCAUGGCAGCCUGGUGCGUCUGCUGGAAACAAGGACCCUCUCGCCGACACCAAGAUUUGCAUGCGCGACUUGGAGAAGUUCAAGAAGCUUGGUGUCAACACUGUCCGUGUCUACUCGACCGACAACUCCGUUAACCACAAGGAGUGCAUGAACGCCUUUGCCGAGGCUGGCAUCUACCUGGUGCUCGAUGUCAACAACCCAAAGUACUCGAUCAACCGUGAGAAGCCUAUCCCUUCGUACAACGCCGAGUACCUGCAAAGCGUGUUUGCCACUGUCGAGGAGUUCGCUCAGUACGACAACACCAUGGCCUUCUUCUCGGGUAACGAGGUCGUCCACGACGAGAAGGAGAGCACCCUGGCCGCCCGCUACGUCAAGGCUGCUACCCGUGACAUGAAGACCUACAUGGCCGAGCGCAAGCUGCGCCAGGUCCCUAUCGGCUACUCCGCCGCCGAUGUCUCUCAGAACCGCAAGCAAACCGCUGAGUACUUCAACUGCGGAACUGACGACGCCCGCUCCGACUUCUUUGCUUUCAACGACUACUCGUUCUGCUCAUCUGACGUCAAGACCGCCGGUUGGGAUGUCAAGGCCCGCAACUUCAGCGACUACGGUGUCCCUAUCUUCUUGUCUGAGUUCGGCUGCAACCUGAACGAGCGCAACUGGGGUGAAGUCAAGGCUCUCAUGACUGACAAGGAGAUCCUUGCCACUUGGUCGGGUGGUCUUGUUUACGAGUACACUGAGGAGGAGAACAACUACGGCAUUGUCAAGAUUGACGGCGACAAGGUCGAGGAGUUGUCUGAGUUCGAGCCCCUCGUCAAGGCUUUCAAGGACUACCCCGCCCCGACCGACAUGGCUGGUGCCCGCUCUGAGGACCGCAAGAGCGAAUGCCCCAAGGAGGACGACCACUGGCUUAUCGACACCGACAAGCUGCCCAAGAUGCCCGAGGACGCCAAGAAGUACCUCAAGGACGGCGCCGGCAAGGGCCCUGGUCUGAACGGCCCCGGCUCGCAGAACUCUGGCCCCGAAAAGGUCGAGGAUGCUGAGAACGGUUCCGGAUCCGGUGGCCGUGCCGAUGGUACUGGUGCCUCGGCUAGCAACCAGGGUAGCAACAACAACGCUGGCGAGUCGAACAAGGUCUCAUUUCUGAUCGCAGGCUCCGUUGUUGCUUUCACUAUCUUCAGCAACGUUUUGUAAGCGUUCUUGGAUGAAGCGUUGCAUUAAAUAAGGUUUUUUUUUUGUUGCGUUGGGAAAGGUUCAGAGGGACAAACAAGACCUCGAGUCGAGCGGCUGCAAGAGCUGAACGGAAUGAACCCUGGACCGUUGUGUUUGUGUUAUGUAUAAAGUUACAAUAUUCUAUCGGCGGCAUUGGAUCGGCAUCCUUGCAUAGCCCCCCUCUCGAGCUUCCCAGAUAAAAGGGAGAGAUCAAGAGACCACGCAUAAACUUUUUUUUUCUUUUCUCAUGACCAAAAGAUCCUUGGCGCAAUGGCUUGCUUGUUUUAUGAUUUUUUUUUGCUGCUUUUCUGAGUCUCAAUGAGCUUAUUACAUAAUAGCAGAUUUUCUAGACCUAAUCUUUAUUUGAUCGCAUUGGCCUUGAUGGCUAUGGGUGGCUUUCAGC